AUGGCAUCGAGCAGCUACGACGUGGUCAUCGUCGGCGCGGGCCUGUCAGGGCUACAAGCGGCGCUGGACGUCCAACAGGCCGGAUUGAAGUAUCUCGUGCUCGAAGCACGAGACCGCGUGGGCGGCAAGACGCUCUCGCUUCGUUCCACCCACAAGGUUGUCAAGUCCGAGCUGGGCGCAGCGUGGAUCAACGACACGAACCAGAGUGAAAUGUGGAAGCUGGCUCAGGAACUGCGGCUCAACACCUACGCCCAGAAUACCGUGGGAGACGUCGUGGUGCAAGACGUGGACGGGUCCCUGGUCCGGUUCCCGUAUGGCGAUGUGCCGAAAUACUCGUCCGCAGAGGACACGGCGUCGUGCAUCGCGAUCCGGGAUCUAGUGCAGGAGGUGUCUACGUCGCAUUCGCCCUCGAUCUUCUCGGACGGGCCGCAUCGCGUGCAGCUCGACUCGAUCUCCUUCGAGACGUAUCUACACGAGGCCAAGGUCACGCCGAAGGCGUUCGCAACAGCCCAAGUCUGGACACACGCCAUGGUCGGAUGCGAUCCCAGCGAGCUCUCCGCCCUAUGUUUCCUGGAGUACUGCGCCGCUGGUGGAGGACUGAUGACGAUGCGCAGCGACGGCAAGGGCGGCGGACAGUACCUCCGGAUCCGCGAGGGCACGUCUGCGUUCGCGGAGGGAAUGGCUGACAAGCUGGCGCCAGGGGCCCUGAAAUUGCAGAGCCCAGUGGCCUCGAUCACGCAGGCGCAGCGCGAGGGAAGCGUCUUGGUCAUGACGAAAGGCCAGAACCCCCAAACGUUCCGGGCGCGCAAAGUCGUCGUCUCGAUCCCCACGCCGGUCUACAAAACAAUAGCGUUCAGCCCUCCGCUCGCACCCUGCAAGACGGCCGUGGCGAACCGCACGCGCUACGGGUUCUACACGAAAUACAUCGUCACCUUCCGCCGCGCCUUCUGGCUGGAGAAGAACCACUGCGGUCUCGCACAGUCAUUCACGGGCCCGAUCUCGGUGAUCCGCGACACGAGCCUAGACGACGGCAAGACCUAUGCCCUGACGUGCUUCAUGGGCGGGCAGUUCGGCCGCAGAUGGGCCGCGCAGGGCGCCGAGGGCAAGAAGCGCUCGGUCUUGAAGCAAAUCGGCGAGAUCUUCUCCGCUGACUGCAUCGAUGUCGUCACUGAUCUCUUCGUCGAGGCCUCCGAGUCGCCCUGGAUGGAGGAGGAGUACUCCGGCUGGGGCUGCCCGUGUCCCGUCACGCCUCCCGGUGUGUUGGCAGGCGACGCCUGGAACGCUCUCUGUGCGCCGGCCGGAAACCUGCAUUUCGUCGGCACGGAGCUCUCGUCCGUAUGGAGGGGCUACAUGGAAGGUGCCGUGCGCUCCGGGUCCAGGGGCGCGGCGGAGGUCAUUGCUGAGCUGACACGCGUGAGUCCUAAGCUUUGA